GGCUCCCAAACAACCUGGAAGAAAGCAAACUGGGCUGUCUGGUGCGGGGCUGCUCUCAAAUGGUGUGGCCGCCGGACAGGGUGUCUGGAUUUCCUGGGCACCGGCACCUUCCCAAGCUCUUCCACACCCUGGGGUGUCCUGCUCCAGAAGGGGAUGAGGAAUAGAAGGUUCUGGUUUUGGCUGAGCAAGAGGCAGUGAGGAGGAGCAAGCUCCCACCGGAGGCGCUGGGGACAUGGAGCGGACCUGAGCCGGGCGCGGCGGCGGAGCCCGCACCGGCACCGGCGGCAGCACCGAGAGCGGCGGCACCGAGGACCGGGGCGCAGCGCUGCAGCGCGGCGGAGCCCUUUUCCGGCAACCUGAGCUGUCGACAGCCUUCUGGGCAGAUGGAGGUUGUGGCUUUCCGUGGGAGCGCCGCUGACAGGAUGUCCAUGAGGAGCCCCGUUUCUCCCCACCUGGAGCUCGAUGGAGCGGGCAGCAUGGUGAACUGCACCAUCAAGACGGAGGAGAAGAAGGAAGGCAGCUAUGAGUCCCCACCGGGGGCUGCCCCCAGCACCGAACCCCGUCCCAACGACCCGCCGGGACCACCGCCGAGGGAAGGCACCGACCCCCAGGCCCUGCCGCAGGAGUCCCACUCGCCUGCCGGAGACGCACUGGAGCCCAGGCGCUCUGCCUUUGAGCCGGCUGUCAGCGGCCAGGAGAAGCUGGACUUCAACAGGAAUUUGAAGGAGGUGAUGCCAACCAUUGAGAAGUUACUGUCCAGUGACUGGAAGGAGCGGCUGCUGGGCCGAACAACUGCUGAGUCCAAGGAAGUGAAAGGAACCCAGGAAAGCCUGGCAGAGAAGGAGCUCCAGUUACUUGUCAUGAUCAACCAGCUGUCCACGCUGCGGGACCAGCUCCUGACGGCCCACUCGGAGCAGAAGAACAUGGCCGCGAUGCUCUUCGAGAAGCAGCAGCAGCAGAUGGAGCUGGCGCGGCAGCAGCAAGAGCAGAUCGCCAAGCAGCAGCAGCAGCUCAUCCAGCAGCAGCACAAAAUCAACCUGCUGCAGCAACAGAUCCAGCAGGUGAACAUGCCCUACGUCAUGAUUCCCGCCUUCACCCCCAGCCACCAGCCUCUCCCCGUCACUCCCGACUCCCAGUUAGCGCUGCCCAUCCAGCCCAUCCCCUGCAAACCAGUGGAUUACCCGGUGCAGCUGCUGCACAGCCCCCCUCCUCCCACGCUGAAGAGACCCGCCGGCUCGGGCCACCUCCAGAUGCAGGAGACCUCGCAGCCGCUGAACCUGACAGCCAAACCCAAAGGUUCCGACCUCCCCAGUGCCUCCAGCUCACCCAGUUUGAAGAUGAGCAGCUGCCAGUCCCUCACGCCGAGUCACGGGGCCACCAGGGACCUGCAGACCAGCCCAUCCAACCUGCCUCUGGGGUUCCUGGGCGAAGGCGAUGCCAUCACCAAAGCCAUCCAGGACGCGCGGCAGCUGCUGCAUGGCCACAGCGGAGCCAUGGAGGGAUCGCUGAGCAACUCCUACCGCAAGGACCACGUCGGGAUUGAUUCUUCCCCGGUGAAGGAGCGGAUGGAGGAGACACCUGCCCACCGGCUGGACGAGGCUCUGUUGACCUGUGAGAUGGAUGGCUCACGGCACUUCCCGGAGUCCAGGAACAACAACCACAUCAAGCGGCCCAUGAACGCCUUCAUGGUGUGGGCGAAGGACGAGAGGAGGAAGAUUUUGCAGGCCUUCCCGGACAUGCACAACUCCAGCAUCAGCAAGAUCCUGGGCUCCCGGUGGAAGUCCAUGACGAACCAGGAGAAGCAGCCCUACUACGAGGAGCAAGCCCGGCUGAGCCGGCAGCACCUGGAGAAAUACCCCGACUAUAAGUACAAGCCCCGACCCAAACGCACCUGCAUCGUGGAGGGGAAGCGGCUGCGCGUGGGCGAGUACAAGGCGCUGAUGAGGAACCGGCGGCAGGACGCCAGGCAGGGCUACUUGAUAGGACCCCAGGGCAGCCAGAUGCCGCCUGCAUCCUCGGAUGUGCUGUACCAGCGGCCGGUGGGCAUGCAGCUGACGUCCCCCCUGAUGGAGCACUACCUGCCCCGCAGCAUGGACCCCAGCAUGCCCGUCAUCGUCAACACGCGUAGCCUCAAGGAGGGCGACGGCGGGGAUGACGGGCACUCCGUGGCCGACGGUGAGAUGUACCGCUACAGCGAGGAGGAGGACUCGGAGGGCGAGGACAAGAGUGAUGGCGAGCUGGUGGUGCUGACGGACUGAGGGGGGCCGGGGUGGGGGGCGGUGGGUGGGGGCGGCAGGGCUGGCUGCCACCAAAAAGGAGGUCACAGCAUCCCCUGAUGGGAUGGGACUCGGCUGAAGGGCUGUGCUGGGAGCAGAGGAGAGGUGCUACCCCGGCACGGAGGAGUCGCUGCUGCCUGCCUGCAAAUGGGUCCCGGGAAGGCGAGCAUCCUGGCAUUUUGGGUGGGGGGGCUUCCCGGGGGGGGUGAUGAGCAGUGAUGUGCACUGCACGGGGCCAUGGCUGGGAUGUGCUGACCCCGCUGGGCAAGCUGGCGAGGGCUGGUUCAGCCUUGUUCUAGUGGCGGGGGCAUGGGGAGCUGAGGCCACCUGGCCCGGAGAUAUGGGUGCCACGGCUGCUGAGCUGUCACCCAUCUGCAGCCCCCCCAGGAGGUACCUGAGGGUAUCGGGAUGCGGGAAAACGUCCAGAGCAUCUCCCAGCCUUCCAGCACCCAUGGGUCCCUUGCAGAGAGCCUCACCUGCAGCCGCCAGCCACUGCUGCUAGGGUCACGGGACGGGGACACGCUUGUCCCUCGCUCAGCCCCGUCUGACCUCCCCGCUGCAUUUCCCACUCGGUCUUUAAAGCCUGCCAGCAAAUUCCCAUGGAGCCAUUUUUAGCUCUCGCCUGCCCCGAGUACCAGCCAAGGGCUCCGAGGAGCCCUUUAUGAUCCUGACAGCUCUGGCCCACUUUGUAAAUAAAGCGGGUGCCUGUUCUCUGGCUGUGCCGUUGCCCCGGCCCUCCGCCAGCCCCUGCCCCGGGCGCUGUCGGGCACAAGCCCUGGCUGCGGUGGGUACGUGCCCCGUCCGUCCCCAGGGACCUUUCCCUCCUGCACCCCAGCUCUGCAAGCUGUAGGCUCCACCUGCGAUCUUCAUCGUGAAAACCAGAGAGGGAGAGAAAAAUAACUGCAAUUUAUGAAAAAAAAAAAAAAAAAAAAAUUGAAAAAAACCAACAACCUUGCUCUGGUCAGAGCCUGGCCCAGGGGUAUUUGGGAUGCAGCAUGGCUGUGUGUCCGGCUGUGCGUGCACAGUGUCUGGGUGUGCAUUCACCAUGUCCGGGUGUGCAGAGAGUCCGUGCACCGUGUCCGGCUGUGCGUGCACAGUGUCUGGGUGUGCAUUCACCAUGUCCGGGUGUGCAGAGAGUCCGUGCACCGUGUCCGGCUGUGCGUGCACAGUGUCUGGGUGUGCAUUCACCAUGUCCGGGUGUGCAGAGAGUCCGUGCACCGUGUCCGGCUGUGCGUGCACAGUGUCCGGCUGCGCGCAGAGUCCGUGCACCGCCCUGUGGCUACAGCCAGAAACAGGCACCGCUGCUCCGGCCGCAGCCACAGCCUGGCCUCCAGCCUGGCACGGUGGGGACCUUUGCUGGGGGUGCAGAAGGAGCUGUGGCUGCCCGGGCUCCAGGUUGCAGCAGCGGGGACGAGCCCUGCAAUGGGGGCUUUGCAGCGGACCCGUGUCUUCGGUCCCAGGGUGGGGGGUCCGGAGCAGCAGCUCCGCAGCAUCGGGGCCCCGGUGCUGCUCCCCCGCACCCCACGGGGCUGCCGUCAGGACAUUGUUUAUCCAAGGGAGCAUCUUGCCUCCUCGCCCACCCAGCAAACGCCUCUCUCCUCUCUUGCCCUUCGUCAGUGCUUUAUUUAUUCCCAUCCCCUGUGCUGCUCUGGCUGGGGCUGGGGUCCCUGGGGAAGGGGUGCCGGCUCCCAGGGUGGGAUGGGCUGUGCUGCAGAGGGGGCUGGAAGCAGAUGUGCCCGACAAAGAUGCAGCUCUUCCUCUCUUUUUUUUUUUUUUUUUUUAAAAGACUGUAAAUAUAGAUAGAGCUUUAUUUUGUUAAUAAGACAAUGAGUAACUUAACCUGUAUAUUUCACAUACUUGUUUACAAUUGUCCCCCCCACCCCUUGGCACAAUAAAAAUGACUUUUUGGAGCAGA